AUGUCUGAAAACCUUGACAAGUCUCGUAUAAAUGAAUCAGGAAAAUCAAAAUCAAAUGAAUCUGAGAAAAGCCUGGGAGGUGCUGUGGAAUGUUCUGAUGAAACUUUACAGAAAAAAAUUAAGUCGGAUGCUUCUAACCCCCAAAGAGUACAAAGACCUCACUCUAGUCCUUCUCAAUUUGUGACGGUAGAAGAACUCCUAGAGACAGCGAAAGGAGUCACCAACAUGGCUCUAGCCCAUGAAAUUGCAGUAAACAGAGACUUUCAGAUUAGACCAGUUGAAUUACCGGAAGGUAGCUUGGAGAAGAAAGUAAAGGAGAUUGUACAUAAAGCUUUUUGGGAUUGCUUGAGUUGCCAGUUGAGUGGACCCCCGACAUAUGACCAUGCCAUCAAACUAGUAGGAGAGAUCAAAGAGACACUCUUGUCUUUCUUGCUGCCUGGUCACACUAGAUUGAGAAACCAAAUAACAGAAGUCUUGGAUUUGGAUCUGAUAAAACAGGAAGCAGAGAAUGGGGCCCUAGACAUUUCUAAGCUGGCAGAAUUUAUUACUGGCAUGAUGGGAACACUGUGUGCACCUGUUCGAGAUGAAGAAGUUGAGAAACUAAAGGACAUUAAAGAAAUAGUGCCCCUUUUCAGGACAAUUUUUUCUGUGUUAGAUCUAAUGAAAGUAGACAUGGCGAAUUUUGUUGUCACAAGCAUUCGGCCACAUCUCAUGCAGCAGUUGGUUGAGUAUGAGAGGAAGAAAUUUCAAGAGCUUUUGGAGAAACAGCCGAAUUCCCUGGACUUUGUCACCCAGCGGUUAGAAGAAGCCUCAGAUGAACUUAUGGCUCAGAAGUACAAACAUGCCCUGCCAGCUGGGGGAGGGGCUGCUGGCUCUGGGGACGCUCCCAAGCUGAGCCCUGUCGCCGUCCAGAAUUAUGCAUACUUGAAGCUUCUGAAAUGGGACCACCUCCAUAGACCUUUCCCUGAAACGGUUUUGAUGGACCAUCCACGCUUCCAGGAGCUCCAGCUCCAGCUAGAGCAGCUGACCAUCCUGGGAGCUGUGCUGCUAGUCACAUUCAACAUGGCAGCCCCUGGAAUUUCUAGCCAGGCCAACGCUGCUGAGAAACUCAAGAUGAUUGUGAAGAUUCUGCUAACUGAUAUGCAUCUGCCUUCCUUCCAUUUGGAGGAUGCCCUGACUACGAUUGGGGAGAAAGUGUGCCUGGAGGUGAGCAGCUGCCUCUCGCUGUGUGGGUCCUCCCCCUUUUCCACUGACAAACAGACCGCACUCAAAGGCCAGAUCCUGGCUGUGGCCAGUCCUGAUGACCCUAUUCGCAGAAUCAUGGAAUCCGGAAUCCUGACCUUCUUGGAAACCUACCUUGCCUCGGGUCAUCAGAAGCCAUUGCCCUCAGUUCCCGGGGGACUGGGUCCAGUCCAGAAAGAGCUGGAGGAAAUUGCUGUUAAAUUCAUUCGUCUGGUCAACUAUAAUAAGAUGGUGUUUUGCCCCUACUAUGAUGUGAUCCUCAGUAAGAUCCUCCACAGAUCCUAA